GCUCAGUUUGAAGUUUUCCAAGCUCACAGAGACACCAUGUGCUCUUUGCCUCCCCUCCUGCCCCUGUUCCUGGCCUGGACAACAGUGGCGGGGGCAACGGACUCGACCAUGCCGUUCAUGGAGUACCUGGACCGGGACCGGCUGGUGUGUCUGAAGUGGGGCUUUGAUAAUCUGCAAGGAAACAUCACAUUCCAGCUGGUAGUCAACUCGACAGGCUGGGUGGGCUUUGGCUUGAGUCCAAACGGAGGCAUGAAGGGGUCAGACAUCGUCAUCGGGGGACUUGGACCCAGUGGGAGCUACUUCACAGAUAGAUAUGCCACAGGGAAUUCCAUGCCUUUGGUGGAUGACCAGCAGAACUACGUCCUCCUCUCUAUGAGUGAAACCGAUGGUCAAACCACCAUGACGUUCCAGAGGCCCAUUAAAGCCUGUGAUGACAAAGACUUCCACAUCACUGCCCAACCCAUUAAACUAAUCUAUGCAUAUGGGACAACAGAUGAGAUUAAUUACCAUGGGAGCCGCAGAGGCACCAAAGAAGUGAACUUGCUCAACUAUAUGCCGAGGACCAUCCCGACUGACUCCAACUAUCUUAGUGCUAAAGUGGAAAAUUUCACUGUGCCUGCCACUCCAACCUACUAUCACUGCAAGGUCUUGAAGUUUCCAAAGUUAAAUACGAAACAUCAUAUAUAUCAGAUCGAACCAGUGAUUGAGAACCAUGACGUCGUUCACCACAUGCUGUUGUACAAGUGCCCCCCCGAAGUGACAGAGCCGUAUGAAAACCGAUGCUACGUGGGCGACAUAGGAGACCUCUGCUUCAAUGUAGUGGCUUCAUGGGGAAGUGGAGGAGGGGUUUUUGAGUUUCCAGAAAACGUGGGUAUUCCUAUUGGAGGGGAGGACAAUGAUACGUUCUACAGGCUGGAGAUCCAUUACAGUAACCCAGAGAUUAAAGCAGGCAUUAAAGACAGCUCAGGACUAAGACUGUACUAUUCAGCUCAGCUCCGGACGCAUGAUGUGGGCAUUCUAACUACAGGCGUGCUGGUCAGAAGUGAACUGCCGUACAACAUCCCCCCAAAAACAUCUCAGUUCCGCACCUACGGGAUUUGUGAUACGUCACAAUUUUCUCUGCAUAUGAAUCCUGUGCCUGACCUCAGUGUGUUUGCUGUGCUCUUGCACACUCACCUAGCAGGGAGGAAAAUCAGAGUUGGCCACUUCAGAGGUGGAAAGCAGAUAGACUUCUUGGGCUUGGAUGAAAACUACAACUUUGAGUUGCAACAGACUGUUAGUUUGGGAAACAUCAAGACAAUCAAACCUGGCGAUGAGAUCGUAGUGGAGUGCACCUACAGCACCACCGACCGAGAUGGAAUCACUAAGAUGGACUUAGCAACCACUGAUGAGAUGUGCCUGGCUUUCCUGUUCCAUUACCCUGCAAACAACAUCACCUACUGCGCUAGCCGCCCAAAUACUACAUUUCUACCAACGAUCAACGUCAGUGACAUAGCAUCUGAUGAGUACGAGUCAUUGUUAAAGAACCAGCCUCAGGUUCAGAUCACCCUUGAUGAUGCCAGCAGAGCAUCAUAUUUAAUAAACGGCACUGUAAGGAAGAUGAUGAAGACACCCACAGUUGCUUGUCGGAGAUACAACGCAUCAAGCCGACUCUGCGCCUCCUGGAUCGUGAACCACGCAGUGAUUUUGCUUUCAUUCCUCUGGAUUGCAGUAGUGUGACGUGGUUGUACGAGCAACACAUCCAAGUUCAGUCUUGGCAGAGCAAGAUACGGCUGACCUUAACUGUAACCUAUGUGAUAUAUUCAACCUUACAGGUCAUUUACUCUGGAUUUAUUCUCUCUUUAUAUUGCACAUCUUUGCUUUGUCUUGUUAAUUGUCACUCAUCAUAAUGGAAUUAGCCAAGUAUACGUGAAAUUUAUACUCUCUUAAUUUAAAUUCACUCUCCUCUAUUUCACAUCACUUGUUAUGAGAAUUUAAAUUUACUAAUGGUAUUAAAUAUUCUACCUUAGUAGCCAUAACUUACUCUACUUUGAUCAUGUUGCACAAUAAUAGAGAUGCUUUUUACAAUAAUAGAUGUUUAAAUGAUUUUCAGUAUGAAUAUAAAACAUGUAUUUUUUUAGCCUAGUAUUUAAUCUGCUGGAUUACACAAAAACAGACAGUGUUGUUGUGUUAUUAUUUUCACAUUUGAACCACUAUAAUAAGAAAAUCACAGCUAGUACUCAUAACAUAAAACAAUUAAUUAAACUAUAAACCAAAAGGUUCCAUAAUUAUUAAGCUAGGCAUCAGAAGAAAUGCACUUUUCUGUUUUUGGUAUAUUUAUUCUGUUUAAUACUUGCACUGUAGGCCUAAUUGUUGAUUUGUACAUGUAUCAGAGUUUCUACAUUAAAUCAUUAAAGAUCAUUCUCUUAGUAAGAAUAUAA